CUAUUGGAACUGUAAAUACUGCAGAGAGCUGGCCUUGGAUGGAAAGAAAUGGCGAAAUACUCGGAUACGUCCAGCUAUGUUGCACCAGUGGAGUGUUGCCAAUGGAACAGAAAAACACCAGACAGUGCUAGUUAGAGUCAGUCCCUUUAUUGACAGUAUAAUGCAGUUCCACAGCUUAUAG